GCCAAAUUGUGGGAACGAAACGGCCGGUUAUUACUGUCUUUCCUGCAUCUCUUUUGCUAAAAUUUCAUUUCAUUCAUUUCUUAAAGAAAAAAAAGCUUUUUUCCUGUAUUCCAAUUCCAAUGCCAACAGUUCCUGUCUCUCUGUCUCUGUAAAUUUCCUCAGUCUCCAUGAACAGACACACACUCACACACCUUCUUCCCAAAACCCUACCCAAAUUUUUCCCCGAAUCCCCUCUUCUUGAAAGUAUUUUCUGAUGUCGUGAAAUCCCAUUUUGCUCCACCUCCCAACCCAAAAACCCAAUUCUUUUGGAAGAAAGUUUGUUGAACUAAUCUUUGAAUUUUCCAUUCUUAGGUGAGAGGGGGGGAAAGACGAAAAAUUUGGGAAAUGGGUUCCCUAAUCCCAGUUUCUGAGGACCUGAAUCUUCAGCUGGGACCUUCGUCGUCUUCCUCACCGACCGGCGGUCAGAAUCCGGCAACCCCUUUUAUUAUCCCUAAAAAAGAACCUAAACUUGAGCCACUGGAUGAACCCUUGGAUGAAUUUCGUUCGCCGCGGUUCAAUUCAUCUAGCCCUUAUUAUCUUAGUCACCAGAACAGCUUCGAUUCCAGUUCGAGCAUUGUGUUAAACCCACCUCCCGGAAUCAAUGUUCCUCCCAGUGCUCCGAGCCCCAUGUCUAACUCAGAAUCCCUACCUUCUCCUUCGACAGAUUCGUCUAAUGUGUACUCGGAGUUUUGCAGAAUCACUGAAAUGUUCCGGAAUGCUUUUGCUCAAGGACGUGAAAAUGGUGGAGACGGUGCUGGUGCUGAUCCUGAGAGCCCUGAUUACUCAAGAGCGCUUGUGGUUGUCAAUCCUGAGAACGAGACCCAGCUUGUCGGCGCUCAGAAUGAAACAUCUCUUGUGAAUUCCGCCCCGAAAAGAAAGUACACUCAGAGGUCAGGUGAGUUAGUGCGUGUUACUGAUCUUAGCAAUGAGGAUAUUCAAUAUUUUCGGGAUAUAGUUAGAAAGACUCGUUUGCUUUAUGAUUCGAUUCGGGUUUUAUCUAUAGCUGAGGGUGAGAAAAACAGGAGCUUGGAAGUUCCGUAUAGGAGGGCUAGAGGAGAUAUAAAGGCGUCUUCCUUGCUCAGGGAGCGUGAUUUAUGGCUUAAUCGUGAUAAGAGGAUAGUUGGGCCCAUCCCGGGUAUCGAAAUUGGUGAUGUGUUCUUUUUCAGGAUGGAAUUAUGUGUGAUUGGGUUACAUGGGCAGCCUCAAGCUGGAAUUGAUUAUCUUCCAGCUAGCCAGAGCUCGAAUGGAGAGCCCAUCGCCACGAGUGUGAUUGUUUCAGGUGGGUAUGAGGAUGAUGAGGACACUGGAGAGGAGAUUGUAUAUACAGGACAUGGUGGUCAAGACAAGAAUAACAGACAAUGCAUGAAUCAGAAGCUAGAAUGUGGGAAUUUGGCUUUGGAGAGAAGUAUGAACUAUGGAAUUGAGGUGAGGGUGAUUCGUGGCUUCAGAUAUGAGGGCAGUGUUAGUGGUAAGGUAUAUGUUUAUGAUGGUUUGUACAGAAUUGUUAAUUGUUGGUUUGAUGUGGGCAAGUCUGGAUUUGGGGUAUUUAAGUAUAAGCUUGUCAGAAUCCCACAUCAACCAGAGAUGGGCAGUUCCAUUCUUAAGUUUGCUGCUAGUCUUCGGACAAGGCCUUUGGAGGUUAGGCCAAAGGGUUAUGUUAGUCUGGACCUUUCAUUGAAGAAAGAAAGAGUACCUGUUUUCCUGUUCAACGAUGUAGAUACGAACAAUGAACCUGUCUUUUAUGAGUAUCUUGCAUCUACUAUGUUUCCAUCUUAUGUGCACAACAAUGGUCUGACAGGAACUGGAUGUGAUUGUGUGGGUGGCUGUUUUGAUCGUUGCUUUUGUUCACUGAAAAAUGGGGGAGAUUUUGCAUAUGACAAUAAUGGGAUUUUGGUGAAGGGAAAACCAGUUGUUUUUGAGUGUGGACCAUAUUGUAAAUGUCCACCUUCUUGCAAAAAUCGGGUCAGUCAAAAAGGAGUAAGGAAUAGAUUUGAGGUCUUUAGAUCGAGAGAGACCGGUUGGGGUGUCAGAUCAUUGGAUUUGAUCCAGGCUGGUGCAUUUAUAUGUGAAUUUACUGGAGUCAUUCUCACAAGGGAACAAGCUCAACUUCUCACAAUGAAUGGAGAUAGUUUGGUUUAUCCAGGUCGCUUUAGUGAAAGAUGGGCCGAAUGGGGUGACUUAUCAGAUAUAUGCCCAGAUUAUCAGCGUCCAACAUAUCCCCAAAUUCCACCUUUGGAUUUUGCUAUGGAUGUUUCAAGACUGAGGAAUGUAGCAUGUUACAUCAGCCACAGCUCAAGUCCUAAUGUAUUUGUGCAACCAGUGCUCUAUGAUCACAAUAAUGUUUCUUUCCCUCAUCUCAUGCUGUUUGCUAUGGAGAAUAUUCCGCCUUUAAGGGAAAUCAGCCUCGACUAUGGAGUGGCAGAUGAAUGCACUGGAAAACUUGCUAUCUGCAAUUAAGUUAUGUUAUUGCAGUUGUUGCUUUUUGUAGGAGGGGGGGGUGAAGGCAAGGUUGUCUCAGAUGGAACCUGUGAAAUCUGAAUGUAGAAACUUUGCAGCCUAGUUUUUGUUUUCCAGCGUACCCAUUGCACAUCAGAUUUCUCGCUCAAGUAUCAUCUUCAUGUAGAUAAGGUUCUCCUAUAUAUGUAGCUUUACCUCACCUUUUAGGUAAUCUAUGUGUAGCUUUAAGUAUCGAACAACUUCAAAGAUAAUGGCUGGACUAGAAGCUUCCAACUACUGAUGUAGUUUUCUACCUCGAGUCCUUUUGUACUGGUGAUUUCCUGGUAGGCUCAGAAAUGUUUUGUAUGAGCUUUUGGUCUUGGCCUGUAUAUAAAAAAUUUGUCAUAUCUAUACAUAGACCGACUGUUUGUAUUAUUGGUAUUGCAGGAGAGAGAAAAAAGAAAGAGCUGAUGUCUAUGCUAAAUUUCCUUUACUGACUUGUAUAACGAUGCCAACUCUGUUCUUGGAUAUCUUGUCAGUAGUUCUAUACUUUCUUUUUGCUGGUCUAUUAUUGGUUAGAUUAUGGAGUUUUCUGUGCUAAGUUUUUAUGAACAGGAGGUUUUAAGUCAAUAGUUCGCAUUUAGAUCAAUUCCUUGGGGUUCGACAUGUGUCAGAUCUUUUUCUGAGGUCAGAUUUCUCAACAUUACGAUGACGAGGUAUGGCGGUAAUAACUUGCCUUAUGGUGCAACAGUGAGUAACAUCUGGAGUAACUUGCCUUAUGGUGUAACAGUGACUCAGUGAGUAAGAUCUUGCUUCUUAGGUCGUAGACUAAUGAAAUACUUCUAUAAUGUGAUUUUGAGUUGAUUCCUCGGGGAUUAAUGCACCAGAUGCCUGAUUAUCAAGAAAAGGUUGAAGUAGCAGAGCUCCAAUUGAAAGGAAAGGCUUUUUAGGAACAAUGACAAUGGGAACUGUUAUGUGAAGCCUCAUAGUACUACAAUAAAUUGAAUUAUUUUUGUGAUACGGAAGGAGUUAAGCUUUUAAGUUUUAAUAGACUUGGAUCGUUACAAGAAGAAUAUGUAGAGAAUUUCUAAAAACAAAGGUG